GGUCGGUUCUGCUCUCAAAAUGCGAUAACGAAGCAUUACUUGUUUAAACAUUUACCCUGCGUGCGCUUUUCCAAACAAAAAUAAUUAUAUAUUUCUAUGAGAUCGUCAUUUGUGCCAAAGCUUUAGGGGACAUUCUAGGUUGCACUGCUUGGAAACCAAUUGUUAAUACAAAUUCAGUUCAUGUAAUGAAUAUUGGCGGUCAAAGUGUUGUAUGUGGAAGAGACAUUUCAAAAAGCCGGCUUUGAUAGGACUGUAACGCAAUUGCGGCCAGACAUCUAUAUAAAGCCAUUGACUAUCUUGAUUGUUCGAAUUUUUAAACACCCCAAGCAAAUAGCUAUUAAAUCGGUGAAAUUUUUUAACAACACUUACCGCGAGCUCGCGCCAUCGGCGGAUACUGAUAAGGAUAAGAAAAGGUUACUACACAUUGGGCACUUUUAGUCGCUGGAGGACCGCGGAAAGUAUCGCUACUUAAAAGUUCUUCGAUCCGGAAAAAAUUUUCAAACUCGAGAGCUGCAAAUAUGAAAAUCGAGUGGGCUCCCAUUGAAGUUCCCAUGGAGCGACGUCGUCAGAUGUUCGCCAUGGCCUUCUUCAUCCUGUCCUUCAUGAUACUUUCCUUUGGAUCAUAUAUUCUUGUGGCUGCCCUGCUGAUCUAUGGUAACCUAGUAUGGCGCACCGUGACAAUUAUUUACUUGGUCUACAUUUAUGCGAAUCAUAGGAUAACCCACUCCGUUAUGGACGGCAAUGGCUGGAAAUUUAGUCGCAAUAAUUGGCUGUUUCGGCACUAUCGCGAUUACUAUCCCGUCCAGCUGGUCAAAACCGCAGAGUUGCCCCCAAAUAAGAACUACAUUUUGGCCAGCUUUCCCCACGGAAUACUGGGGACUGGCAUUUCCAUGAACAUGGGUCUAGACAUCUCCAAGUGGCUGGAACUGUUCCCGAAAGUGAGGCCCAAGGUGGCCACUUUGGAUCAGAACUUUCUAGCGCCCUUUGUGCGUGGUCUUUUGAGGUCUUGGGGCCUGGUUUCGGUUUCCAAGGAGGCUUUGGUUUAUCUGCUAACCAAAUCGAACGAUCCCAAGCACAAAGAUAAUCGGGAUGGAUUCACCUCCAAUGCUGUGGCUAUUCUGGUGGGUGGUGCCCAGGAGGCGUUAGAUUCUCAUCCUGGCAAAUACAUUUUGACCCUAAAGAACCGCAAGGGUUUCGUGAAAAUGGCCAUUCGAACGGGGUCAUCGAUUGUACCCACGUUUUCCUUUGGUGAGGUGGACAUUUUAGAUCAGGUUGACAAUCCACCAAACUCUCCGGUUCGACGCUACCAAGAUUUUGUUAAGAGAAUUACAGGUAUUUCUCCUCUGAUUCCAGUAGGUCGUGGUAUAUUUAACUACACCUACGGCUUUCUGCCCAAUCGUCGACGCAUCGUUCAAGUUGUUGGUACCCCCAUCGAUGUGAUAAAGAGCGAUAAGCCUGACCCAGAAUAUGUGGAUAAGAUACAUCAACAGGUCAUUAAAGACUUGGAGAAGAUGUUCGCGCAGUACAAGGAUCAGUACAUACCGAACUCCAAGCAGAGCAAGCUUAUUAUUCACUAGUCGGAACAGCUAUUGUCUUAAAUAUGUGAUCAAAGAAGUGAUUUAUAAGCAUUUAAUAUAAACACUUUAAC